ACUUUGGGGAUGCUUACCAAAACACUAUUACCAAUAUCUAACUUAGGCAUUUUUUUAAUGGUAGCAUCAAUCAUCUUUUCGGCUGUACGCUUAAGUCCUUUGUGUGCUUGGUCUCUCUCUAAAUUUAUAUCCUGUUCAACUUUACACAUAAAACAUACCAAUUUGGAAGCAGAACCCUCUUUAACCAACAUUAUUCCGCAUGUUGCAUGUAUAACAUUAUUGCAAAACUCACAUUUGUGCGCUUCAGUGGCACUGUUAUGGCAAACUGCACAGGUGAAGUUUGAUUCUAAAUUUUCAAUAUUUUCCAUCCAUUUAAGCCCGCUUUAGGUUCACUUCCAAAUAAAGCUUUAUAUGGAGAUCUUCCAGUUAUUCAAUGGAAUGAACUGUUUUUGAAAUAUUGCACAAAAAAACAGCCCACAGACCAGUUUGUUGAUUUGUUUUCAUGCAUCCAUGCUCGCAGCAUAUUUUCGAUGUCUUGGUUGCUUCUCUCGACACUGCCUUGAGUUGGGGACGACGUGGAUUCCCAUGAACAAUUUUGCACUCAGGCCACAUUGUAACUAAUUCUUUUAUUACAUUUGCAGUGAAUUCAC